CUGCAGAAGCUCAGAUAAGCGGAAGACUCUGGCAAACACUGAAGUAGACGUGAUGUGGGCGUGUGGUUUCUAUGGAGAGUCUGUCAACGUCACGCUCUUCCUGAACAUGACCGGAAAUCGUAUGGAUCACAAAGUAGAGAUCAGAAUACCAGCGGAACUACGAAGGUACGCCUGUGAUCUCUCACUGGUUCCAAACACAGCACACACUCGUCUCUCUGUGUCUGAGAACAGCAGGAAAGUAAAACAUGUGAAAAAGCCUCAGUCGUAUCCUGAUCAUCAAGACAGAUUUGAUGACUGUGAGCAGGUUCUGCGUGGACUGAGUCUGUCUGGACGCUGUUACUGGGAGGCUGAAUGGAGUAAAUAUAGCAGUGUCAUAUAUAAAGGAAUUAGCUGGAAAGGAGAGACUGACCAUUUGUUUGGAUCUAAUGACAAAUCCUGGAGUCUCUACUGCUGUGAAAAUCAGUUUUCAGCGAGGCACAAUAAUAACAGCACUGUCUAAUAGAGUAGGAGUUUAUCUGGACUGGUCGGCCGGCUCUCUGUCCUUCUACAGCGUCUCUGACACACACACACUCACACACUUACACACAUUCAACACCACAUUCACUGAACCCCUCUACGCUGGGAUUGGGGUUUAUGAUGGUUCUACAAUGUCCAAUUAAAAGAGAGACAUGUAAUUAAAAAUUAGAGAUAAACUUGAUAUGUUUAGUCACAUGUUAGCACUGUGUGUACUGCCACCUUGAGGCCACUGCAUUAAAUACAACAUAUACACUCAUUCAUGAAAUCACCACCAGGUAGCACCAAGGGUAAAGUACAGAACUUUCUUAGUAAAGCUGGAAAUGUGACAUUUUCACUUUUAAAUGAAGAUGAUGAAAAGAGCUAUGAACAGUACCAUAAUGGUCACAUGUAUCAUGUGCAGAUGAUCUCUCUGUGUGUCUGUGGAUGAUCUGUUCAUGUGUGUGUGUGUGUGUGUGUGUGU